AUGACGUCCAGGUCGCAGCGGAAUGAGGAGAACGUUCAAGACAAGGAACCAGAGGUUCGGAAAGAACCAUCCAAAAAACGAGACAAGAGUAAGGUAAGAGAGCCCUCUUCUACCCCUUCUCUUGCUGGUCGAACUGUUGUUGAAGAGGAAGGAGGUUCGGACAACAACCCACUCAACGAGAGAAUCGUCGGAGUUGAGGUGGGGUUGUCGGCCUUGAACCGGAGGAUUGUGGUGGUUGAAAAUAAUUUUAGUUCCCUCGAGUCUGUAGCCAUUGAAGGGCUGGACGAGGGGAAGAACAACUUGGGUGAACUUGAAGACAUGCAACGAGAGGGUCUGUCAGCCCUUGAAAUCAAGUUCAACGAAACCAUCUUUGCUCUUCAAAGAGAGGUGGAGGCUUUGAAACGGCAGGUUGAUGAGACUGCCGAGGAGGGAGUUGCUCCUCCCGUUACAGUUCGAGAGACCCGGAUUGAGGCUCCUAAACCCAAAGAGUUUCGAGGGGAGAGGAGUGCUCAGGACGUAGAGAACUUCAUAUGGCAAAUGGAGUCAUAUUUCGAAUAUGUUGACAUGCACACGGAAGCGGCCAAAAUCCGGACAGCGGCUAUGUAUUUGACGGACACAGCGAUGCUGUGGUGGCGACGCAAAAAGGCUGAUAUGGAGAGAGGGGCUUGCCAGAUUGAUGAUUGGGAGCAGUUUAAAACUGAGCUCAAACGACAGUUCUAUCCCCAGAACGUCGUCCACGAAGCCCGCAGGCGAUUGAGGGAGCUAAAACAGACUUCCUCCAUCCGGGAUUAUGUUAAGGAAUUCAUGAAGUUGACACUUCAGAUUCCUAGUUUGACGAGUGAGGACUUGCUGUUCUAUUUCCUUGAUGGCCUGCAAAAUUGGGCCAAGAAGGAGCUGCAAAGGUGUCAAGUGCAUGACGUUGAUGAGGCGAUCGUAAUGGCGGAGUCGCUCAACGACUUCCGUGGUGAUGCUGCCAAGGGGAGGGAUAACAGGAGCACAACUAUUCCUCCUAAAGUCGACAACAACAACAGGGGCCGUAGCAGACCAAAUACCAACCGGAGCAAUGACACGAGAAGCAACCCUCGUGAUCAGCCUUCAAAUUUCCGGAAAAAUUAUGAAGACCGCAAGAGGGGUGCUCCUCAGCGGGAAGGCUGUUAUAUCUGUGGAGAGACGACACAUGCCGCUCGGUACUGUCUGUCGUUGAGGAAGCUUAGCGCCAUGGUGGCUGCUGAGAAGCAGCAAGAGAAGCCUGCAGCGCAAGCAAGCAGUUCUGUCGGUGAGAAACGUGGGAAGAGUAGCCGAGCUGACAAAGACAAGAACGUGGCCGUAGGGAUGUUCAACCAUAUGGCGCUGAUCAACCACAUCUCCAUUGCUGCCUUGGCUGCCAAACCAGCUGGAGUCAGGGCUCGGGAGUCAUUGUUCGUCGAUGCCAAACUGAACGGCAAAGACGUGCGGAUCAUGGUAGACACAGGGGCAACCCACAACUUUGUGACUGAGCAAAAGGCCAAGGAGUUGGGCCUAAAUUAUGUUGCCAGUAAUACCAAGUUGAAGACCAUCAACGCCACUCCUACUAGUGUCAAUGGUUUUGCGGCGGCAGUCCCAAUUGUGUUAGGAGAAUGGGCCGGGCAGACUGAUUUUACAAUUGCGCCAAUGGAUGUUUUUGAUAUCAUUUUAGGACUUGACUUUUGGUAUGAAGUUAAUGCCUUCAUCUCACCGCGUCACAACCAGCUACAUAUUAGCGAUGUUGGAGGGUCUUGCGUGGUACCCCUUAUUCGGGUACCACAAACUGGAAUGCAGUUGUCAGCAAUGCAGAUCAUCAAGGGGUUCAAGAGAGGCGAGCCAAAAUUUACUGCCACUCUGAUUGAAGAUGCUGGGAGCUGCGAUGAGGCAGUUCCAUUGCCGCCCUGCAUCGAACACGUCCUUAGCAGCAACAAGGACGUUAUGCCGGCCAAACUUCCCCAACGGCUGCCACCUCGGAGAGAAGUUGACCAUCAAAUUGAGCUAGUUCCAGGGGCAAAGCCGCCUGCCAUGACGCCUUAUCGCAUGGCGCCCCCGGAGCUGGAGGAGCUAAGGAAGCAGCUCAAGGAGUUGCUGGAUGCUGGGCACAUCAGGCCGUCCAAGGCGCCGUUUGGUGCGCCUGUACUGUUCCAGAAGAAGAAGGACGGGACACUGCGAUUGUGCAUCGACUACCGGGCACUCAACAAGGUCACAGUAAAGAACAAAUACCCCGUGCCUUUGAUUGCAGAUUUGUUCGACCGGUUGGGACAGGCGAAGGUGUUUACAAAAAUGGAUUUGAGAAGAGGCUAUCACCAAGUCAUGAUUGCCGAUGGUGAUGAGCCGAAGACUGCUUGUGUAACGCGUUAUGGGGCGUUCGAUUGGCUGGUAAUGCCAUUUGGGUUGACAAACGCACUGGCAACAUUCUGCACGUUGAUGAACAGACUAUUUCACUCCUACUUGGAUCAGUUUGUUGUGAUUUACCUGGAUGAUAUCGUUGUCUACAGCGACAACAUGGAAGACCAUGUAGAACACUUGUGCAAAGUGUUUGAGAUUCUGCGCAACAACGAGCUGUAUGUGAAGCGUGAGAAGUGCAGUUUCGCACAACCAAUUGUCCGUUUCCUUGGGCACACUAUCAGCCAUGGCAAGAUUCAAAUGGAUAGCGACAAGAUAGCUGUUAUCAACAAUUGGGAAGCACCAACGAAGGUACCAGAAUUGAGGUCCUUCCUUGGCCUGGCUAAUUACUACCGGCGCUUCAUCUUCAAUUAUUCCGCAAUUGCAGCGCCUCUCACAGACCUGCUGAAAAAGGACCGUGCCUGGAAUUGGUCGGCAGCUUGCCAAACUGCCUUUGAGAGGCUGAAGUUGGCUGUGACGCAAGAGCCUGUGUUGGCCUUGCCAGAUUUCUCCAAGCCAUUCUAA